GCGCCGGCGGCCGCGUCCCGGCCGCGCCAUGAGGCUGCAGCUGGAGCGGUGCCGCGGCGAGUGGCGGGAGCUGGAGGAGGAGUUCCGGCAGCUCCAGGAAACACACAAAGUUUACCGGCAGAAACUGGAAGAAGUCACCAGCUUGCAGACAGCCUGCAGCAGCUCCAUACACCGGCAGAAGAAGACACUAAGGGACCUGAAGCACAGUCUGCAACGGUGCAAGCCCAGAGCUAGUCCUGAAGAGUUUGAUCUCAUUCAGGAGAUCAGCACCCAGAUCAAGGAGAGGCAAAAUGCCUUCUUUGACAUGGAAGCCUACUUGCCAAAGAAGAACGGCUUGUACUUGAAUCUGGUGCUGGGAAAUGUGAAUGUAACUCUCCUGAGUAACCAAGCAAAAUUUGCCUACAAGGACGAGUAUGAGAAGUUCAAACUUUAUCUGACGAUAAUCUUGUUACUCGGGGCUGUCACCUGCAGGUUUAUUCUCCACUACAGGGUGACAGAUGAAGUGUUUAACUUUCUGUUAGUGUGGUAUUACUGCACGCUGACGAUACGGGAGAGCAUUCUCAUCAGCAAUGGAUCAAGGAUCAAAGGCUGGUGGGUGUCUCAUCACUAUGUUUCAACAUUCCUGUCUGGAGUAAUGUUAACGUGGCCAGAUGGACUCAUGUAUCAAAUGUUUCGCAGCCAAUUUUUAGCGUUUUCAAUAUUUCAGAGUUGUGUUCAGUUCCUACAAUAUUAUUAUCAAAGGGGCUGCCUUUACAGACUCCGUGCUUUAGGGGAGAGAAACCACUUGGAUCUUACAGUAGAAGGAUUUCAGUCCUGGAUGUGGCGGGGGCUGACGUUUCUCCUUCCCUUCUUGUUCUUUGGGCAUUUCUGGCAGCUAUAUAAUGCAAUCACACUUUUUGGAUUGUCAAGGCAUAAGGAGUGCAAAGAAUGGCAGGUUUUUGUGUUGGCUUUCACAUUUCUGCUGCUCUUCCUCGGGAACUUCCUCACUACUCUCAAAGUGGUGCACACUAAACUCCAGAAAAACAAAGAGAAAAUGAAGAAGCUGUGACAACCCUUCCCUGUGCCUGGUGUGCAGGUGCUGGGGUUGGGAUGGAUCCUGCCAAACCCCAGCUACAUGAUGGAUGGGCUUGGAAGGCCUCAUCCGUCCCGUGGCUGGUGAAGGACAUGGACUCUGCCAGCACAGACUCAGUAUUAAUGCAAGCAUGGCUCUCCAGUCUGCACUCCUGCUAUUUAUGUAUAUUUAAUACAAAAUGUGUUUGCUUUUGAGGGGUUAUUUUUCUGUAUAUAGAGCAGCAUGCACCUGCCUGGCCAAGUGCCAGCCACUGGCAGAAUGUAGGAUCUAUUGUAAUUCCAAUUUUGGAAUGAUAUUGAACAUUUUCAGUUUAAUUAUUUAAAUCCUGGGUACUGGAUUUGCAAGAGCUUAUGAACACUCCAGGUUGAUGAGUCCUGAAUGCUGUUUUUAAAGGCAUUUGUUUAAGGCAUAUUUUCAGUGGCAAUACUGUGUGUACUGUGAAAAGAGGAAAAAAACCACCUUUGUACCAUACUGCUGCUAUAUACAUUUUUAAAAGGCUAUUUGAAGAAGAGAAAUCCUCCUUUGAAAACAAAACCAAGCAAGCAAAACCAGAUUUUAAAUAGCAGGGAAGUCUGCUCCCCCUCUCCCAGGGAGACCAGGUCAUCUGUCCAGGCCUGGAAAAGACCUGAAAUAAAACCAUUCAAUAUGCAGCUGCUUCAGACCCUUUUUAAUAACAAAGACACUGCCCUUUGGGUUGGUUUUUUGAACCAUUUUUCCUUAAAAAGGUUUUGAUCAGUGGUAAUAAGUGCAGUUGUACUUUGGUUUGUGUUCUCAGUAUUUUUUUGUGCUGUUCUGGAAAGGGGAGGACAGUCCCAGCAGAAAUAUUAAAUACCUUCUUUAGAUGCUGCACUUGUACCAGUAAUUAAGAGAAUGUAAACACUUGUUCAGGAGGAUGGCAGAGACUGCAUCCUGCUUAACUCCCUGUGCUGCUUGAACUUCAGCUUACUCAUUGAAACAAGCUUGUUUUGGAUGCUGUAACAUCUGUAACGAUAAGGCAGCUGCACU